UUUGAUUAUUUUAUUGCUUUGCAACAAAUCAUCCUCUUUUUAGUACAAAGAUAACACUGAAGACUCCUCCCCCUUCACCUGUACCAGAUGAAUCCCUCCUGCGGUUUCUUCCAGCUAUAAUCUGAAGUGCAUUUAUUACUUCAUGGGCUACACAAGGAAAGAUGCUAGAAUCCUUUAAACAUAUAAGGAUGAUGGGUCAUUUGACACAACCAGUUUAACCAGUAAGCUUCCAUAAAAUGAUUAUAGCUGCUGCAGUCUAGUGAUCAGAAAGGGCCACAACUGAUUUGUGUAAGAGCUUCUCAAGAUGAGCCAGACUUUUCAGAGUCUCUUAUCUUCUCUGCAGAAGAGUGGCACAUGUAUCAAUUCUUUAAUUGCUGCUUUAACUAUUGGCGGGCAACAGCUGUUCUCCUCUUUCACAUUUGGAUGUCCCUGUCAGGUUGGGAAAAAUUUCUAUUACGGGUCUGCUUUUCUAGUCAUUCCUACUUUAAUCCUCCUGGUUGUCGGCUAUGCUCUGAGAAGCCAAAUGUGGGCUAUUACCACUGAAUACUGUUGCAGCUGUGCUCAUCAGCACCGGCAAAUCAGUGUCCUGGAACGCAAGCUGGCUUGCCUGAGGUUCUUCAGCAUCACCGGGAGGGCACUCGUGGCUCCAUUAACCUGGCUGGCAGUGACCUUGCUGACAGGUACCUACUAUGAAUGUGCAGCAAGUGAAUUUGCACCUGUGGACCACUACCCAAUGUUUGACAACAUCAGUGCCAGCAAACAAGAAGAGCUCCUGGCUAGUUUUCCAUGUUACUCAUCAGAUUCGCCUGAUAUGAUGCUGGUAAGAGACGAAAUAACUCUUCUGCACAGAUACCAGUCACAAAUGCUAGGCUGGAUUUUGAUCACCUUGGCAACCAUCGCUGUCCUUUUCUCCUGCUGCUUGGCAAGGUGCUGCUCCCCCUUUACUUCUCUGCAACAUUACUACUGGAACAACCACCUGCACAACGAGAAGGAGCUCUUUGAACAAGCUGCACAGCAGCACUCACGAAUCCUCGUCAUGCAGCGCAUAAAGAAACUCUUUGGCUUCGUUCCCGGGAAUGACGAUGUCAAAAACAUCCGUAUUCCUUCGUGUCAGGAUUGGAAAGACAUUUCAGCACCCAGUCUUUUAUGCAUGGGCGAUGACUUUCGAGGUCACUAUAGCUUCCUUGGAGACAGGGUAGAUGAGGAGAAUGAGGGAAACAAAUCAGGAGGUAUUGAGUUAAAACCUUAAUUACAGCACCUUUUCUAACUUAGGUUGCGUGACUGCCAUUUUAUUUUUGUAAUGAUGGAAUUUCAAUGCAACCUCAUCUUUUUUCUCUGUCUUCUGAUAUGUGUUGCAUAAGUUCAUCCAAAAUGCUAUUUCCAAAAUCAAUUUAUCUGCUAAUUAUGCCAGUUUCUCUUUCAAUGAAAUUUCCUUGAUGAUCCCGUAAUGUCUUUAUUGUCAUAUUCUAUUUUAAACAUCAUGCAAUUUGAAGUCACAUCAAAACGUGAAUCUUGGUUCUGUUACUUAGCAGCUGUGUGAAACUUAAUACUGUUGAGUACCACUUUGUUAUCUGCACAUAAUAGCUACCUCAUAUAGUGAGAAUUAAAUAUGAUAUGUAGACAGUGCCUUUCAUAAAAUUAGUGCUAAUAAAUAUUACUCUCUCCCUCCCUCUUUGCAUGCUAUGUCUUCUCCUAUUUUUCCUGUCUCCCAUUUCUGGAUUUCUUUACUUCUUCCUCUGACACAACAUUCAGAAACUUCAUGUCUGUCUCCUCUUUAUUACAGCUUAAGUACAUGAUCUUUUAGAAUCAGGACAUUAAACAAACAAACAAAAAAAACCUUAUAAAGCUGGUAACUUGUAAAGAGAAGCCCACACAAGAGUGUCUUGCAUCA